GGGCCUCAGUAUGUCUGCACAACAUUCUGGACUUUCGUCUGCACGAAUUGCAGCGGUGUGCACCGAGAAUUCACACACCGGGUAAAAUCAGUGUCGAUGGCCAAAUUCAAUGAAGAUGAAAUUAUAUCUCUUCAAGCAGGAGGAAAUGAGCGAGCUAGGGAGAUUUACUUUAAAGCUUGGGAUCCACAUCGUAAUACUUAUCCCGAUGGCAGUAAUCUGAAUAGGCUUCGUGAUUUUGUAAAACAUGUGUACAUUGAUCGAAAGUAUGCCGGCGAGAAUAAACAACUAUCGAUGGCUAAAUUGGACUCGUGUCGUCGGUAUGAGAAGUAUGAAUUUCCAAGCCAUGGGAGCUCGCUGGAGCACUCCAGUCCGUUCAAAAGGAACGGUGGGAUCACAUUUAGGGAUCUCCUAGAAGAGAGGAGUCCACCAAGCUCAAAAAGUCGUCAAUUUGAAAUUGUUGACGACAGAUUCCGGGAUGAGGGGAGCGUCAGGCGGUACGAUCGCCAUAGCCCUGGCAAGGAGCCGAGCCGAUCGCCCCUUCCUCAGGAAGCUGGGUCGCUCAAUUUUGAGAUUUUGAGGGAGAAAAAAAUCAAGGAGCCCCCAAAAAAUACUGACAAGAAGGAUAUCGAUGAUGAGGUCUCUAUGAUAAGUCAAAAUACAACUGGUGCUACCAUCUCCUCAGAGCUCGCCGAUACGCAUAAAAAACAAAACGAGACUUUAGAUCCAAGUAGCUUGAUCGAGUUUGAAGACAAGGUCGAGCCUGAUAAUAAUCCACCGGGAAUAGAUGCACCCAAGGCAACAACACCCUCUAAAACCAAUAACGAUAGCACGUUUUCAGCUACCCCCAUGGCUCCUAAUAAUCACAACUCAUUAGAGUCUUUGCUAUUUAACUCGGUUGAACCUGUGAGCUCACCUUCAACUGCCAUGUCUCAAGUUUCCUCUGCACAUCUUAAUAAUGCAUCUGCGAAAAAGGUUGAGAUACUACAAAAUGAUCAUCCAAUGGACGACAGCCGUGAAAACCAUCAAGUCCCUUCGCUGCAGGAAGAUGAGACGUCUUUUAAUCCUCGUGGGGACUUGAGCGCUAAUGCUUCACAAGGUUCGAAUAGGCCACCGAGGUUGAAAUAUGUAAAUACGAUUCAAAAUAUUUCACCAUCAAAAGCUUUGGCUCAAGGGGAUGGAUCACAAGCUACUUCAAGGAAGGAAAUCCAAGAGGGUCUUUUCACUUCAAGCUUCGCCUCCCUUCCCCCACCAAAUGUUGGUUGGCAGAUGCACCAAACUUAUGGAAUGGGAUAUGACAUGCAAUUUUGCUCACCAGCAAUUUCUACAACUGAUAUUUACAAUGCUUCAAGACCCAAAAAUCCAUUUGAUACCGGUGACAAACGAUUCCAAUCUCAAAUAGCAAUGUUUCCUUCCAUGUCACCAUUGCAAGAAGGAUUUUCAAACAUGGCAGCCUCAACUGGAUUAAUAUCCCAGUCAUCACAUUGUGCAAAGCCAAUGUCUCCUCAUGUGUUGUCUCAUUUAGGUCCUGGAGCUUACAUGGUACAACUACCAAAUAACAUGCCACAACCUAGGCCACAAGCAAUUGAUUUGAUCUUGACCAAAAGUGAGGAUGCAUUUGCAUCCCCUGACCCGAUUUAUCUAACAAGUGGAACAAACUCUUCGCCUACGAUACCUAGUUCCACGUUUUCAAGAACGGGAAAUCCAUUCGGAUAG